GACACGAUGGUUAAUUGGAGAAUAUCCCCUCCGUUGCCAUGAAAAUUACAGGUCAGACACGUCACUCAUCAAGCAGAGAAUCCAAUGGUACCUGUUAAUCAGGUUUUGAGUCCUAUCUCCUCGAGUUGAUCGGAUCCAUGGGAUCCUAUCAAAUAGGGGUUGCAACUACUUGGACGGUCAAGAUCGAAACCAAGAUUGCGAGGAAGCGCUAAAGGAAAUGCAGGCGGUAGCGGUCGGAUCGGAGCUGGGAUCGGUCGAGGAUAUGAAGCAAGGCCUCUUCGUGCUCCAAUGGCGCCCUCUGCCCUCGUGUCCUCGCCUCCCCCUCUCGCUCCGCGGUACCAACCGGUACUCCUUGAGAGCGUUGGCGCCCACCGAGAUCUCGGCUGGCGGGGGCGAUGGCGGUGGUGAGCUGACGGCUCGGGAGAGGAGGCAGCUGAGGAAGGAACGGAGGGAGAUCAAGGCCGGGAGCGGCAACUGGAGGGAGGAGGUGGAGGAGAGGCUCCUCAAAAAGCCCAAGAAGAGGCGGGGCUCCUGGAUGGAGGAGCUCAACCUCGACAACCUCGCCCGGCUCGGCCCUCAGUGGUGGGUCCUUCGCGUCUCCCGGGUCAUCAGUCUUGGUCAGGAGGCCGUCGACCGCCUUGUUCGCUCCCUCGCCAGCAAUUUUCCGGAUCUUGAGUUCAAGGUUUAUUAUCCAGCUGUGAAGGAGAAAAGGAAAUUAAAGAAUGGUUCUUACUCUGAAAAGUCAAAGCCCCUUUUUCCUGGUUGUGUCUUCCUGUAUUGUAUACUGAACAAGGAGAUUCAUGACUUUAUUAGAGAAUGUGAUGGCAUUGGAGGCUUUGUAGGAUCCAAAGUUGGAAAUACCAAACGACAGAUUAACAAGCCAAAACCUGUUCCACUUCAUGAGAUGGAAGCAAUCUUUCAACAAGCUAAAGAAGAACAAAAGAAAUCUGACCAAGCAUUUGAAGAAGAAGAAUGCAUACAGAAUCUCAACUCAUACUUAGAUUCUGGAAACAGUCUGAAAUCUAUAGCAGAUGAUAGAAAGUGCUUAAAGAAAGACCAUUCUACAGCUAACCUGUUAAAUGGGGAGAAUUCCAAGCAUCUUGCCCCAGGUGUAGGUGUUCGUGUUCUUUCUGGGCCUUUUAAAGAAUUCACAGGUUGUCUGAAAGAGCUGGACCAUAAAAGCAGAAAGGCCACUGUUGGAUUCAUGCUGUUUGGCAAAGAGACCUUUGUGGAUUUGGAGGUUGAUCAAAUUGUUGCAGAAACUGCAUAGCAGUUAUGGGACCUUUCUUUUGAGCUCCCAACGUGUGUAUUUUUAUCAAUGACUCUACAGGAAGUACCACUUAGAUACAUGGGAGCAAAGUUAAAAACAAUUGGAAUCUUAAGUAAUUUAAAAACAAGGUAUUACUUUCGCUAUCGUAUAACUAGUGGCCUGGUUAUUAGUUACAUGCCAUAAUAUAUGCAUCUUUAUUUGUUGAAUGAUUGGCCUUAAUAUAGACUUGAGCUGGGAAGA